AUGUUCAAAUGUUUGCAAGGACCUCUCAAUGUAAUACGUCCACAGAAUAGAAAAUCAGCAGUCGCAGAAUCCGAGUGGCCUGAUUGGUCCACACCUCGACCGAGAGCCGCCAAGCCCUGGCUCCUCCAACUUCGUCUUUCGACGUCAAACCUCUGCACCUCUCUCAACGCUCGCCGCCCAACCCGCUCCCGCAACCAUGACCUCUAUAAAGCCACAGCCUUCCGGCAACCUGGGAAAGACUCCCACUGCCAUCGUAAGCUCUCCACCGUACCAAUUGGCGCCAAGAUGGAACCCCCCCCGGGUGGUUCGACAUGCACGAAAGUGAGGAAUGGAUGGGCUGACCACAGAGUACAGAGCUCUCGCUCCCCUUACCAGGCCUACCGCAGCAGAUUCGGUCCUCAGUACAAGAUCCAGCCUAACUUCCACGGCAUUACGUCUCGCCAUCUCUUCAAGUAUGGCUCUCUCGCAGCCGGUUUCGGUGGCGUAGCCGGCUUCUUCGCCCUCUUCUUCUUCUCCGAGGUCCCUCGUGUGCGUGAGGACAUUAUGCGAAAGGUGCCCAUCCUUGGCGAUUACUUCGUCCGCGAGAUACCCCCAGAGGACAACCCGUUCUAG